AUGAUCCUAGCUAUUGGAAAACACUGCAACAACAUCACCGAGCUGAAAUUUUCUGAUGGCAACUUUGAAGAAAAGCAUGCUUUGGCCAUGACUAAAUACACCCCGAAGUUGAAGAUAUUGAGCAUUCGGCAUAUAAUAAUGAGCUGGAAGGCAUUGUUGUGUGUGCUGAAUUUCUUGGAAGAUUUGGAGAAGGUGAACAUAUGCAACAGUUUGAUUCUGGAGACAGCAUAUCCUCUAACAUUUGUAGAGAUGAGUGAGCUAAAGGACCUUUUGCCAACAUCGAGUAUGGAAAAGCUUAUAUAUUGUGAAACAGGAACGUGCUUGAGGUGCAUGAAUGGUAGAGACAUUAUUCGAAGCAGAAAUGGACCCUAUGAAGAUAUAUGGGGAGAGGAUGAGAUAGCAUCUCUUGCACAUUUGCCUUAA